AUGGCGAUGAAUGCCUUCCGUUUCGCCGGUGACAUGCUUCACCUUCUUUCGAUCGUCCUGCUUCUUCUCAAGCUGCGACGAUCGAAGAAUUGCGUUGGGAUCUCGUGCCGGAUGCAGGAGAUGUAUUUGCUUGUGUUCUGUAGUCGAUAUGUGGAUCUCCUCUACCACUUCAUAUCCGUGUACAACACUGCGAUGAAAUUGUUCUUCAUCGCGUCGACAGCGUACACAGUGUACCUGAUCCGCUUCAAGUCGCCCAUCUCUCAAACGUAUGACAGGCGCGCAGAUUCUUUUCCAUAUGAAAAGUAUCUGAUCCCCCCCUGUGUUCUCCUGUCCCUGGUUACCGCAGAGGACUGGUCAAUCUCAGAGAUUUUGUGGGCCUUCAGCAUUUGGCUCGAGUGCGUUGCUAUUCUACCCCAGUUGAUUCUUCUUCAGCAACUGCGCGAGGUAGAGAAUUUGACUGGCAACUACGUGGCUGCUCUGGGCGCGUACAGAUUCCUGUAUAUCCUGAAUUGGGUGUACCGAUACUUUGCAGAAUCUCCCCCGUACGUCAACUAUGUGGGCUGGAUCGCAGGAGUUAUUCAAACAGCUCUGUAUGUGGACUUCUUUUAUUAUUAUGCCUUGUCCAAGUGGUACGGUCAGAAGCUUGUGUUGCCCGUCCACGCAGAAGUGUAA